AUGGACAUGGAUGUUCCGUAUUCGGUCUGGGUGAGCUUCUUCAUCAUACUUGGCAGUAUUCACUGGAAAGCGAGCAGCGCGGAUCUUGCAGACUUGGUGUUGGCGACGCGGCACUUUUGGAAGAACCGAAAUGUUUGUAACCCUCACGAAGACCGCAUGGAGAAGGCACUACGUCAGCUACGAGAAAGCAACUAUUUUCUGGCAUGCCGCUUUUUGCGGCAUGGUAACUUUGUUUCCCUGGUGACUGCUCCUCUCGUGCAUGGCCCUGAUCAACAAUCUUGUGCCCUCAUCAUGACCUCCUAUGCCAUCUCCUAUGCGAUGAACACUUGUAUAGCCAAGAGAGCUGUCGUGUUGAAGACAUCCGGCCUGCGAAUUAUCGCCUGUUUCUACUACUUCGUGAUGUUUGCAAGUAUUUGGUUGCCACAGUCUGGUGUUUCCGAGAGGGCAUUUCUGCUGUAUCAGGUCAUGGGCGCCGUUUGCUAUGUUGAAUGCGCCAUUCAUGUUCCAGCGAGCCUUGCGCUCGUGCUCGGCAAGUUUUGCCACGUAUUCAAGGUGCACGGCACAGAUUUGAACCUCACGAACUUUCCAUUUGAUCAUGGAGCCUUUGCGAUGCUCAUCAUUGUCAUCUCGGUUGUGCUAGAGCGCACACUGAGGGACCGCGUGGCAGCGCAAUUCAAGAAUGCAGAUGCUGAGUCCAUGAUCUCUGGUUUCCGACAGAUGCUUCGAGGCGUCUGCGACGGUGAAGUGCUGCUGGAUGGUGGCUUUCGCAUACAGGAAGGCACCAGUUGCUUGAACCGGCUCCUCUGUAGCAGCGAAUGCCUGGACAAGACGAUCUUCCAAGACCUUUUGGUACAGGACUCUGAUGAGCUGGAACGAUUUCGGAAAUUCAUCUCGCAGCCGCCGAAAGUCGACAACUCUGCUGCACAACUCCCUGCUCAGUGUCUCCGCCUCUCUUUGCAGUGUGCUGCUUCUCAACGAGUUGGGGUGGACGCGUACCACGUGGCCCUACAGCAUCUCUUCGGCUGUGAGGGCUCCUACCACCUGCUCGCCUUCAAACUCGAUGUCGAGUCGCAGGUCAGACUGUCUAAGGUUUCCAGUUUAGACUUGCAGGUCGACACUGAUUCGAACCUUAGGGUUUAG